CGCCCCCCCUUAUUUGCUCAAACUUGUAAAUGAUAAAAGCAUGACUAUUGUUACGAUAUUGUCCAUUUUGUUGAUUUUAAAUUUUUUUGAAGUAAGUUCGGUGGGGGGUAGUUACACGGAGAGAAGUCAAAAUGAGGAGUCAUGUCGGUACAUCAGCGUGUUCCGAAAGCCCCUGUGUUAUAGGUGCUACGUAUUUAAGCCGAGGGACGGCGGGGGCAUCAAGUGUUGCCAGUACUACCUGCAAAAACGGAAGGAGGAAAAACUGGCAAAGCUAUAUUCCCUGCAAGAUAUCAUGAAGAACACCCUGGACGAAAAAGACAUGGAUGACAUUAAGAACUUAUUUCCAGUGUUCAACGAAAAAUUGUUAAAAAUAAAUGGCAAUUACAAAUUCGGAGGUCCCAACAAGGGAAACAAAAACAUCACAGAUAUUGACGAUUUAGAAAUCGAAUUUAAUAACAAGUACUUCAAUUUGAAGGACAUAAAGGUUAACAUUCUAAGUGGAAGCAGCAGUGGUAAAGAAAAAAACAAAACAAAAGAGGAAAAUUAUUACAAUAUUAUAAAAGAGGAAAGUAACUUUAUGAGGAAAAAGGAUGAACUAUUACAGAACAGUCCCUUUUACAAUGAAAAAUGCUUCAAAUCAUUACAUGGGCAUAAUUGUGGAAGGAAAAAACAUAGGGAACAUACAGAAGAAAAUGCGGACAAGGAUGAAGAAUUGGAUUUUGAUUUGGCCGAAUCUAUUGGUGAAGCAGAAUACUAUGCAAGGAUGAAGCACAUGAAUGAUUCACACCAAGGGGGCCAUGGAGGAGCUUCCAACUCAGGGGGUAAUAAACAUGCUCAGGAAAAGGAUGACCAGGAUUAUUACGAUAAUAAAUAUUAUGAUAAUAGGUAUGGAACAAAUUACUACAGUGAGAGUAGCAACUCUCCAAGCACCUCUCUUUUUUACUUGUCCAAGAAAUUUUACCUAUUGAAUAGGCUCUCUCAGAACCCCAGAAAGAUUGUGCAGAAAUAUAUCGAGUUUAAAGAGCACCUAUCUGGGUCGGAGGACAAAUUGGAUGACUUCCUCGACAAUGAGUACUACAGCACGACGGAGACGAUAAACGCAGUUUUGGCCGACGACAUUCAGAAGACCGUGGAGUAUGACGAUAAGGGCGACCAGAGCAACAGCAACAGCGGCCGGGGGUUCUUCUCCUCCCUGUUCCGCGACUUGAUUUCGCUCUUUUACUUCCCGCAGAAGAAUGUGGAGUUGUAG